CGCUUCAGCCAUUGGUUGUUCUGCGAAUUCGCCAUCUACUUGGAUAUAUUCUUGGGCUGAUGGAUCCUGCGCCAGCAGUAAAACCUCCCCCUCCGGAUGACUGUGAGGCACUGUCGAGAGCAAAGACGCCGAGCGCUUACGGUUGGCUCCCUUCAGUCGCUUCUCGCCAUUCGGUCGCUUCAGGAAGGGCGGUGAUCAAUUCCAUCCAGAAUCAUGGAUCUCAUCUGCUCGCAAGCCGUCAACGACACUCUUACCGCCCUGAGGAGCGGAGUGAUGAUGGCCAACGAGACGCUGGAUGAAUUGGCGACCCUGGAGAACACGUUGGGAGCCAAUUGCAGCGAUUGGUGGUUGUCGAACAUCAAUCGGACGUCGUCCGAGUUGGACGACGACGACAUUUCAUCGGCUUCCAUCAAUUCGACUUACCUGGACCGAGAAGAGAAUCCGUCGUAUUUUUCCAGAGACUAUCGCGUCGUCGGCACCUUUUUCCAGGGUCUUAUUCUGCUCGUCGGUGUUCUCGGCAACCUCCUGGUCGUCAUGGUCGUGUACCGUACGCGCUCGAUGCAUUCGCCGACCAAUUGCUACCUGGUGAGUUUGGCGGCCGCUGAUUGCGUCGUGCUCAUCGCUUCCGUGCCCAACGAGAUCCUCUCCUAUUACGUCAUCGGCAGCCAAUGGAUUUGGGGACCCAUCGGCUGCGCCGUCUUCGUUUUCCUUCAGAAUUUGGGAAUCAACGCGUCGUCGCUGAGUUUGACGGCGUUCACGGUCGAGCGGUACAUCGCCAUCUGUCACCCGAUGAAGGCCCAGAGCGUCUGCACCGUCAAACGGGCCAAAAAGAUCGUGGGCGGCGUUUGGGCUUUCGCUUUCUGCUACUCGUCGCCGUGGCUGGGCCUCACCGUCACCGAGCCCAUCCACUACAAAGGAUUUCAAACGGUCGAGCGCUGCGCCAUGAAACUCUCACGCCAAGAGUAUCUGGGCUAUUUCUUCGCCGACAUUGUGGUGUUUUAUUUGGUGCCACUUCUCCUCUCGUGCGUCCUCUACGGUCUGAUUGCCCGCGUCCUUUUCAACGGCCAUUUCAACAAAUACCCCGAGGUGUGUCGUCACGACAAUCAAUCGUCGGUCGAUCCAACCAAAAGCUCAAGGGUUCAGGUCGUGAAAAUGCUGGUGGUGGUCGUGGUGAUAUUCGCCACCCUCUGGCUACCCUACCGCGGCAUGUUGGUGUACAACAGUUUCGCCACCAUGUACUCGAAAGCAAGUUUCAUGGACCUCUGGUUCCUCAUGUUCGCCAAAACUUGCGUCUACAUCAACAGUGCCAUCAACCCCAUUCUGUACACGGCCAUGUCCAUCAAAUUCCGUCGAGCCUUCCAGCGAAUUCUACUCUGCGGGCGCAGUACACUCAACCAGCAGAGAUCUCCCGGCACGCAAAUGCGGCACCUCGGACACUUGGCCUGAAGAGAAACACAGAAACUUGAAAAAAAACCAUUUGCGUAAUCAACAGCACCAGGCAGCCUGUGUGUGUAUGUGUGUGUGUUAAAAUGUAUUCCACCUGAUUUGCAUGGAUUGACGUAAAUUCUCCUUUUCUUUGGUAUUUGAUUCUUGUUUCAUAGUGUAUGUAAGAGAAGUGCGGGGCGUACACGUGAGUUCAUCCCACGUGAGACGGGGUUUCUUCUACUUCUUCUUACUGAUGAAAUGGAUGCCCACGUUUGUUGUAUGGAACUCUGCAAAGUCUCCAUGUGUACAAUAGGCACGUAUAAAAAAAGGGCGAAGGAGCUAUGCAUUUGGUUCUAUAUUUAUAUGUACAAAUAAUCGUCGGGAUUGUUGAAUGUUUGUGUAAAUUCUAUCAAAUUGAAUGCUCGCCAUUCAGAGACGCUCUCUUAUUAUAUUCGGUCGUGAUUCAUUUCGUUUCCACUCACUCGCGAGUACAACAAUCAAACGUUAUUCGUACGCUAUAUAUUCUACUCUAUACCCAAAUCUAAAUCACAUAUUAUAUUAUAGCUCCUACCUGACUCAUUGAUAUACGAUUGUACAUACACCUUGAUUUUAAUCCGUUUUUUUUCAAACAUGAGUGUGUCAUUUAAUUGUUUCAGAGCUUUGGAGAAAAUCAAUACAAACAUUUGAUCGUCGUA